AUGCAUCAGCAGCAAGUAUGUGAUGGUGCUUCCUCUGUUCCAACACUACUGCUAUACAAUUUAACUGAACAUUUCACUCGAUUCCAGAUGGUGUUGCCUUUCUGGUGUGCGAAAUGUAUUUCAGAUCUGCAUCCAUUUUACCACAGGUUGGAGCAAUCAAAAUGUCACACACGUCUAGUGAUUGGUUUUGCUAAACUGGUACUUGUGCCAAACAGUCUUAAUUGGAUUGUCAUGGGUGUCCCGGGUACUGCUCUACAUCUCAGUAAGAAAUAUCAUGUGACACCAUUCUCCCAGUCUUUCUCAGUGGUCCAAGCUGCGGUUAUCAGACCAAAAUUUCGGUUUUGUAUUUUGGAAGAUAGCAAAUGGCAGCGGAAUGGCGGUGCUACAAGCAGCUCGCUAUACCUGCGGAGUGCGGAUGUGGGCUCACACCUA